UGCACUCCACAAAAACUCUACCCCAAGCUCAUUUACACUCUACAUUCAACCCUCCUAUACUACUCAUAUGAGGACCUUGUGCCCCAACUUAAACAGAGAAGAUGGUCUUCAAACAGUUCUGGAAGUUCCUAUUCCAGAAGAAACCUUCACUAUGUUUCCAGACAACAAAAAUAGUACUAUUUCGACGACCACUGCAUGGCACAACAUUAAGUCAUGGAUGAAGCCGCAAGCAGAGAGAUCAUCACCGCGUUCCUCUGGUGCCAGUCGGAACAGUACUAAUAUUCAGCUCUUGCUCGGAGUUGUGGGAGCUCCUCUCAUCCCUCUUCCUGUCCAUUCGGAUCAUACUGUCAGCAGCCGCAAUAUCAAAGAUCACCCUAUUGAAGCUGCAAUGUCUAAGUACAUAGUGCAGCAGUAUAUAGCAGCCACAGGAGGACAAAAGGCCAUCAACUCAAUCGAUAGCAUGUGUGUUAUAGGGAAGGUGAAGAUGGAAACAUCAGAUUUUAUCAGUGGUGAUACUUUAGGAUUGAGUCGAGAUGAUAAUAAUAAGAUGACGAGGGGAAAAAAUGGAGGAGAGAUGGGAGGAUUCGUGCUGUGGCAGCAGAAGAGAGCUGAGCUGUGGUGCUUGGAGCUGGUGGUUUCAGGUUACAAAAUUAGUGCUGGUAGUGAUGGUAAGGUGUCCUGGAGACAAACUCCAUGGAACCAUUCCCAUGCCUCUCGUGGCCCCCCUAGGCCCCUUCGUCGUUCCUUUCAGGGACUUGAUCCAAGAUCAACUGCGAACUUGUUCUCUGACUCGAUUUGUGUUGGGGAGAAGACCAUCAACAAUGAAGAUUGCUUUGUGUUAAAGGUCCAAGCAGAGCCCACAACACUAAGAGCAAGAAGUAGCAACAAUGUAGAGAUAAUCCAGCAUACUGUUUGGGGAUAUUUCAGCCAGAGAACAGGACUCCUUAUAAAGUUAGAUGACUCUCACCUCCUUAAAAUCAAGGCCAAAGUCCAAGAAAGUGGCAAUGUACUUUGGGAGACUACCAUGGAGUCAUUAGUCCAAGAUUACAGAACCAUUGAUGGAGUUAAUAUCGCGCACUCGGGACAGACAUCUGUGUCUUUGUUUAGGUUCGGGGAAAGCUCAGAAAGCCAUUCAAAGACACGAAUGGAGGAGGUUUGGAGGAUCGAAGAAGUGGACUUUAAUAUCAAGGGCUUAUCAAUGGACUGUUUCUUGGCUCCUGGUGACUUGAAGGAGGAAUAGAUGUGCAGUGCUGAGAAUCCUAGCAUCAUGGUCACAGAGAACUCUACAUUACCAUUUAGGCAUUUAUUCACAAGCAAGGUCUGCAAAGGGUUGCAGGACCAGAAAAAGUAGUAAAGCAUGUUUCAUUAUUCUUUUAGUAGACAAUACAAUUAACAUGUUAAGUACUUGUAGGAACUUAGAUUAACAGGAAAUUGAUAUAUUGAUAUCGAUCUAUUUGUCUAGUAAAUUCUUGGAGGAGAGUGUCAAUUACUUGUGUAUAACCUACGUCCCAGUUUCUUAUUUUUAAAUAGUGCCGAAA